UGUACUCCGAAUUAGGUAAGGGUGAAAAUACGAACGAGGAAAUAUGAAUCUCUUUCAAGGGUUUAGGCGGGGCUUUCAGCUUCGGUCGAGCAAGUCCCAGAAACGGCUUCCUUGUCCUCCAAUGACAGCUCUAGCCCCUGCAAAAAUCUAAAGCUCAACUUCAUUAUCGGAAAAGAUCCCAACUUUCUUAUCCUUUACACUGAUGUUGAAGGUUCUCACAUCAAUUUCUCGUUACAACUCAGCGUCGUCGGCUUUUAGCCACCAUGCCCGACCGUACAGAGACUCAAACUCUCCAUUGAACCGAGUUCUGAGCUCAAUCAGAAGCUCCAGACAGAAGGGGACCUAUUUCUGCACACGAUUUUUCUGUUCUGACAACACCAAUGGGCCCGAUGUGCCUGCCGAGGCCGGGGCAGAAGCUAAGCAGGGAGAGGUUGAAGGGGCUGCUGAGGCUACGAAUUCGGCUGCCAUGGUUCCCACUGUUUUUCGGCCUGAAGACUGUCUAUCGGUUAGCUCUAUGCGGUUCAUUUGAAAUUGUGUGCUUGAGGGUGUGAAUUCUUCGUGUAUGCAUGCAUUCAAUGCCAAUAUCCUGAAAUUACAUUGUCUCCGGAUUUAUUGAAUGAAAAAUAUGAAAGCCUGUUGUUGAUUUCAUAAGCUCAUUCCUUCAAAGAAACAUCAAGAGAAUGAGAAAUGAGAAUAUUGUAGAAAAAUAGCAAUUUUUUCGAUAGUUGAUAUAAGCUCAAAUAGAAGAGUGGAAAAUGAGGGUAUUGUAUAAAACUGAAUAUUUUAUCCUUACUUUUUUGAGCCCUUCCUUUCAUUUGGAUUUUUUUACAACGUUGACUUUUGUAUUGAUGUUUAAGCUGCUGAAUGACUGCCAUUGGAUGAAUGGGAGUUAAACGAAAUCAUAUGAAUCUAAUGUUACUAUGUAGUUGCUUAUCGUGUUAGGAUAAUGUGAUACAAAAUUAGCUGCUAAUCUAGUUUCAUGAUAGGGCUGUAAUUUUGAAGGUCCAUUUGAAAUUUCAAUAUUUUAGGGGGUUAUGCAUCAGAAGAUGCAAAUGCAGGAUGAAGUUGGUUGGGUUGUAGAGUGGCUUCUUAAUUCAAUCUUCAAUCCAAGCAGCAUAUAGGAGAUUUUAAUUAUGUGCGGUUAGCAGAUUUUGGAGCAGCAACAUCUGGUGCUAACAAACUGCAUUGUCAACAAGUUCUUGAAGAGAUUGAUUACAAUUGAUUUUUCUGAACCCGGAAACAAAUGGGACUCUGGAAAAGCGUUUACCCACAGAUCAUAUUCUGAAAUCCACCGUUUCAGACCUCAUCACGAAGCAACACUGGUCCAAACUCAGAAACCUUAUUAAUCCCGCUGACCCAACAGGCUUCAUUCUACAUUUAUUCCAACCCGGGUUCAGUUCUGAUGCCAUUUUCUCCUUCUUCAAAUGGUCCCAGACAGCUUAUAAAGUUUCUUACCCUCCUCAACUUUUAUGCAAACUACUAGUCUUGGCUGCAAAAGAAAAGAGAUAUUCAAUGGUGAGAUCUUUGCUACACUCCUUCGUUAAAGGUGGGAAAAUCCACUCAGUUUCGUCUUUUUUUCAUGAAUUGUUGACCUGUAGUGAUGAAUUCCAUCUCAACUCUAUCAUUGUUGAUAUGUUGAUAUUGGCUCUUCUCAAUAAUUCGAAAGCCGAUUUUGCUUUAGAGACGUUUAAGCGUGCUGGAGAUUAUGGUUUUACAAUGUCCGUUCAUUCAUGUAAUCCACUUUUGCUUAUGUUGGUAAAGAAGAAGAAGACUGGGGAAAUUGAGUUCUUGUACAAGGAUAUGCUUAGGAGGAGGAUUGCACUUAACUUGUUCACAUUUAAUGAGGUGGUUAACGGGCUGUGUAAGGAAGGGAAGUUGAAUAAGGCUAAAGAUGUUAUGGAAGACAUGAAGAUUAGGGGAGUUAUGCCGAAUGUGGUUACUUAUAAUACAUUAAUUGAUGGGUAUUGUAAAAAUGGAGGAUCAUCGAAGAUGUACAAAGCGGAUGAAGUCCUUAAAGAAAUGGUGGGUAAAGGGAUUCAACCAAAUGAGAUAACCUAUAACACUCUCAUUGAUGGAUUUUGCAAGGAUAAUAAUAUUAAGGCAGCUUUAAAGACUUUUUCAGAGAUGAAGGAGCAUCAGACAAAGCCAAACAUUGUGACAUAUAACUCAUUGAUUAAUGGGCUUUGUGGGGAUCGAAGAAUUAGGGACGCUUUGGACUUACAGACUGAAAUGGUGAGUCUAGGGUUGCAGCCUAAUAUUGUCACUCAUAAUGCCCUUAUAAAUGGAUUUUCCAAAAACAAGAUGUUAGUGGAGGCUAGGGAGUUGUUUGAUCAAAUAAUGAAGAAGGGAUUCGUAGUUCCAAGUGUGCUGACUUUUAACUCUAUGAUGGAUGGUUAUUGUAAGGCAGGGAAGAUGGAGGAAGCAAUGCCUCUCUUUGACUUAAUGUUGACCAAAAGAAUUCAACCUAACGUUUCAACUUAUAAUUGCUUAAUUGGGGGAUAUUAUCGGAUAGGUAAUCUUGAAAAAGCUAAAACGAUGCUGGAUGAGAUGGCCCUCAAGGGAUUGAAGGCUGAUAUUGUCACCUACAAUAUACAGAUUGAUGCAAUGUGCAAGAUGGGUGAAUCUAGAAAGGCUGCUCGCCUGCUGGAUGAGAUAUAUGAGGAGGGCCUAAUUCCAAACCACAUAACGUACAAUAAAGUGAUGGCUGGCUAUUGCCAAGAAGGAAAUCCGAAGGCAGCUGUUUCUAUUAGGAGAAGAAUGGAAAGGGAAGGGAAGAAACCUAAUGUCGCAAGUUUCAAUGUACUGAUGAAAGGGUUUUGUUCCAAAGGUAAGAUGGAAGAGGCAAAUUCACUUUUGAACGAGAUGCUAGAGAAAGGGUUGGCACCUAAUCAAACAACCUAUGAUAUAAUCAAUGGAGAAAUGAUUGAAAAGGGAUUUGUUCCUGAUAUAGAUGUACGUCUCUACAAUGAUGGAGGAGACUAGAACUUUCAGAUUGAUUGAUAUGGAGUUUGUUUUCUGCCCAAAGUGCAAAGAUACCUGGUAGGAUCUUUCAGUGAGUGCAAAGAUAUAUGAGGAGGGCCUAAUUCCAAACCACAUUACGUACAAUAAAGUGAUGGCUGACUAUUCCAAGAAGGAAAUCCGAAGGCAGCUGUUUCUAUUAGGAGAAGAAUGUAAAGGGAAGGAAGAAACCAAGUGUCGCAAGUUUCAAUAUACUGAUGAAAGGGUUUUGCUCCAAAGGUAAGCUGGAAGAGGCAAAUUCACUUUUGAACGAGAUGCUAGAGAAGGGUUUGGCACCUGAUCGAAAACCUAUGAUAUAAUCAAUGGAGAAAUGAUUGAAAAGGGAUUUGUUCCUGUAGAUAGAUGUUCGUCUCUACAAUGAUGGAGGAGAUUAUAACUUUCAGCGUGGGUGAUAUGAAGUUUGUUUUCUGCCCAAAGUGCGAAGAUACCUGGUAGGAUAUUUCAUUGAGUUGCACAAAUUGUGAUGGUCUAGCCUUUGCUGUUGCUACUUGCUUUAUGGUCUAGUGCCCAAGUAUCAUGCAUGUAUGUAUGUAAACACACUGUAUAGUUGUAUAUAUCUAUAUAUAAUAAAAGUUAAGUUUCAUAUAAGAGUAAUUCUAGCAUUGCUGACUGAAAUAUGACGGUAAACACAGAUCAAUGGUUCGAAGUCUUCAUGACCAAAGCUGUCUGUAAGGACGGACCCAACCAUUUCUCCACACAAUAUGGAUGCGGCGGUUUGCGGCCAUUGAUCAUAUGAACUUAGGCUUAGAUUUAUUUGUUAUUGGUGAAAUCUGAUGUAACUC